GGUUCUUCACACGGAGGAGGCAAAAGCAAGAAUGCAUCCUCAGCGUCCCUGAAGGCCUCUUUUCAGCGCUCCAACAGUCAUGACAAAGUGCGAAAAAUAGUUGCUGAAGAGGGCCGUGCAGCUCGAAACCUUAUUGCCUGGAGUGUCCCUCUUGAAAACAAAGAGGAGGAAGUGAAGUCCAAAGGCAACUCCAGUGGCAGCUCCAGGUCUCAGAGGACCCAUUAUGGACAACAGAAAAAUAAAAAACAGAAUGCUGGCAUUGAAAGUAAAGGCACAUCUGGAACUUCACUGGACAAGGGGUCUGACAAGAGUCCCAGUAAAGUCAGGCAGCCACGGAAAGUGGACCUGCGAGCACGGUAUUGGGCCUUCCUCUUUGAGAACCUGCGUCGGGCCGUGGACGAGAUUUACGUCACGUGCGAAUCUGAUCAGAGCGUCUUAGAAUGCAAGGAGGUGUUGAUGAUGCUGGACAACUAUGUGAGGGACUUCAAAGCUCUCAUUGACUGGAUCCAGCUUCAAGAGAAGUUGGAGAAAACGGAUGCCCAGAACAGGCCGACUUCUUUAGCUUGGGAGGUGCGGAAGAUGUCUCCAGGACGUCAUGUCAUGCCGAGCCCGACUGCAGACAGAAUGGUAGCCCCCUCAGGCGCUCGACGUGCCCUCAACUUUGCUGGUCCUACAUCAACGCUGGCUGCAGCUCGGCUCUCCCAUACAGGUCUCAGCUGGGCAGACAGAGUAAAGUGCACUCAGGCCAUACAAAGCCAACCAGCCACAACCCCAGCAGAGAAACCUGGUAAAAAAGAUUCAGAAGGCUGGGAAACUGUACAGCGAGGACGCACUGCUAAACCUCGCUCUGCAGCCAUGGUGGCCAAGGUCAGUCCUGUCUUGGCUCACACCACCCCAAAACAGGACGGCGCCAAGGGUAACUGGUCACAUCUACCCGCACAGAAUCAGAAACGGCUCCGUCCUGAGUGUCCCCCAGAUAAGGACGUGAUCCAAACUAACUCUGGACAGCAAGUCACUGCAGAGCCUAACCCUCUUAAGGAGGUUGUACAUCCAGAUAAUGGACAAAUAAUGGAGCCCCCAGCAGAGCGUAUACAAGACUCAGAGCAGUGUGUCGACGCACCUUGUGAAGACGUGCCUCCCUCCGUAACAUCUCUUACCCCAUCCCAGGCCCCAGAGAGCACCCAAUCCAAAGCCACAGGCCCUUCAUCAGACAUUACCAUAUCAGUCCCAGUCACUUCUCAGGACAUUACAGCAUCUGUAGACCCACACCAGACGGGUGGGUUCAGUACUCUGAUGGUCUUUGAGGACACUGGGGCUGAGGGGGGCGCAUCACAGGGCAUGGCAACAUCUGCUGCAGGACAGGCCGAGACUCCCAUGGCAGCGGUGAAACUGGAGAGUGUGCUGGACCCCACAGAGCUUUCCACUCCUCAGUCCAUGGCAGAGGUCCUUGCCAAGAAAGAGGAGCUGGCUGACCGGCUGGAGAAGGCAAAUGAAGAGGCCAUUGCCAGCGCCAUUGCUGAAGAGGAGCAGCUGACGAGAGAGAUUCAGGCUGAAAAUAACGAUCUAGAGACCGACAAUGAAAAUUACUUCUCUGCUAAUAUAAGUGGUGGAGGCUGUGGCAUCAAUAUGGAUUGGAUUGAUCUGUUGGCUGAAUUUGAUGCUCGGGAAUCAUGGCGUCAAAGUACAUCUUGGGGGGACAUGGUAGAAGAAGAACCUUCUCGUCCUCCUGGGCAUGGGAUUCACAUGCAUGAGAAGUUGUCCUCACCAUCACGCAAAAGAACCAUUGCUGAGUCAAAGAAGAAACAUGAGGAGAAACAACUCAAGGCUCAGCAGUUGAGGGACAAACUUCGUGAGGAAAAGACCUUCAAAUUGCAGAAGCUCAUGGAGAGGGAGAAUGAUGUGCGAAAAUGGAAAGAAGAGUUGUUGGAGCAGCGUCGGAAAAUGAUGGAAGAAAGGCUGUUGCACGCUGAGUUUAAGAGGGAGCUGCAGCUCCAGGCGAUCGUGAAGAAAGCCCAAGAAGAAGAAGCCAAGGUGAAUGAAAUUGCUUUCAUCAACACUUUGGAAGCUCAAAAUAAGAGGCACGAUGCCCUGGCCAAGUUGAGUGAAUAUGAGCAACGUCUUAAUGAGCUACAGGAGGAGAGACAGAGGAGGCAGGAGGAGAAGCAGGCCAGAGAUGAGGCUGUUCAGGAGCGUAAGAGGGUUUUGGAAGCAGAGCGGCAAGCGAGAGUGGAGGAGCUGCUGAUACGAAGGAAAGAGCAGGAAGCUCGUAUUGAGCAACAGAGGCAGGAAAAGGAAAAAGCUCGAGAGGAUGCAGCUCGGGAAAGGGCCAGAGACCGAGAGGAGCGUCUGGCUGCUCUUAGUGCUGCCCAACAAGAGGCCAUGGAGGAGCUACAAAAGAAAAUUCAAAUGAAGCAUGACGAGAGCAGCCGCAGGCAUAUGGAGCAGAUCGAGCAGAGGAAAGAGAAGGCUGCUGAGCUCAGCAGUGGUCGACAUGCUAACACAGACUACGCCCCCAAACUGACACCUUAUGAGCGCACGAAACAAUGCUCAUUGUGUGGCACUGUGAUCACCUCAGAGGUGCACCUGUUCAGCCACACCAAAGGCAAGAGGCACCAGCAGGCCGUGCGAGACAGUAGUAGCAUCCAGGGACGGGAGCUCUCUGAUGAGGAAGUGGAGCAUCUUUCCUUGAAGAAAUAUAUUGUGGAUAUUCUGACAGAUAGUUCUGUUUCUUCUGAGAGUGUAAAAGAUGGAGAAGAACGGCAGAAAGCAAGGAAGAAAGCAAAGAAGCUUCGAGCGCGGAUGAAUUCCAGGGCAAAGGAAUACGAGACCUCAAUGGAAGCAAAGAAUCAAGUCCCAGAGUCUCCAUACAAAGCCAAGUUGCAGCGUUUGGUGAAAGACCUCCUGAAGCAACUGCAGGGCCAAGAUGGCGGGCAGUGGGCCAAUAAUAAAGCAUCUGGUCUGGACAGAACUCUUGGAGAGAUCUCCAGAAUUUUAGAAAAGCAGAACAAUGCGAACCAAGUGGCCUUCCAAGUGGGAGGUGGCCUGUCAGCUUUGGAACAAAUUCUGCAGGUCAUCACUGCUGCUUCCACACCCACUGCCGUCCCCCGUAUUCCUCUCAAAUCUCUUUGCGCUGCUGUAAAUGUCUACUAUCUGGCAUGUUCCUGCAGUAACUUCAACUGCUGUUAUGUGCUGUUUAGCAACAAGAUAGUCUUCCUCAUGGACCUGCUGCUGCAUCAGCUGACACUGUAUGUUCCAGAUGAAGACAAAUCCAUUUUUGGUCGCAGCGUAAACAAACAAGUCUUUGAAGGUUUCACAACAGGCCUGCUUCAGACCAUUGCCACCAUCUUGGACUCCCUGUGGCUGCGCACUUCCGAGUCAGGACACUCCGAAAACCCAUGGAUCCCCUCUUCAGAUGUCAAGGCCAAAAGCUCUGCAGCGGAGUCCCUUAACACUCGUGCCCAAGAUCUAAUCAGCUAUGUGGUGAACAUGGGUUUGAUUGACAAGCUGUAUGGGUGCUUCUUGUCAGUCCAAGGCCCUGUAGACGAGCACCCCAAGAUGUCUGCGUUCCUCCAGCAAGCAUCAGCUCUGCUGUAUAGCAUGUGUAAAUUGUGCUUUGUCAUAACUGGACGUGCUCCCAGUAUAUUUGACAACAAACGCCAGGACCCAACAGGACUCACAGCCCUGCUGCAGUCCACAGACUUGGUGGGAGUGGUGCACACCCUGUAUUGUAUUCUGCUGCACAGUUUCUCACCAGAGUCCGCGUCUCAGAGUCAAGAACCCUACAGCCCUGAGGUCAUCCAGGUGGCUCUGCAGGGCAUUCGCUUCCUCAACAGUUAUGCCCUUCUUGACCUUUCUGCCUUCCAGUCUGUUCUAGGAGCUGAAGGCCUCUCUCUGGCUUUCCGACACAUCGUCAGCUCGCUGCUGUGGUACUGCACCCAACAUUCAUCUGAAGACCUGCUGCACGAAGUCAUCAUCUGUGUGGGCUACUUUACUGUCAACCAUCCUGACAACCAGGUGAUCGUGCAGUCUGGCCGCCAGCCCAGCGUCUUGCAGAAACUGUGUCAGCUGCCCUUCCAGUACUUCAGCCACCCGCGCCUCAUCAGAGUGCUGUUUCCGAGCCUGAUCUCGGCCUGCUACAACAACUCUCAGAACAAAGUCAUCCUGCAGCAGGAGAUGAGCUGCGUGCUGCUCGCCACCUUCAUUCAGGACUGUGCUGAAAAUGAAAAAGAUUCGAACUGUAAAGUCAGUAAAACGGUUUUCCAGUGGACGGUGGAUUACUGCGAAUUAUCCGUCCGCUUCCCAAGAGAUCAGUGGGAUUCAGCUCUGCAGUUUUUUCUCAAGAAGCAGGAGUGAUGGAGAGGUCCUCCAUCAAAAAGCACACCUUAAAUGUUGCUAAAGACACUGUAAGAAUGUGGAGGGGGUUCGUUUGGC